AUGGGGGUGACAGUGGCGGCAUUCACUAACUUGUCGAUACAAACUGUCUUUUGGCAGCAAAUGACUACCGAUCUCAAUGUUACCAUCGACCAGCUCAGUCAUGCCCAGUCAGCUCAACUCGCGGGCUUGGCAACAGGGUGCAUUUUCUUCAUUCCUUUUACCAUUAAGUACGGCCGAAGACUCACAUAUCUGGUUUCUACUGCAACUUUAGCCGCAGUGGCAUGGUGGACGUCUUCAAUGAAGUCAUACGUUGAGUUGAUCGUCACGGCUGUCAUUACAGGAUUGGCUGGUGCCAUCAAUGAGACUGCAGUACAAAUGACUAUUGCGGAUAUCUUUUUCGUGCAUCAACGAGGUUCUGCCAACGGUCUUUACUUUGUUGCCGUGAUGGCCGGAAGUUUUCUCACUCCCUUGGCGGCUGGCUCUCAAGCUGUUACACAAGGUUGGCGUUGGUCCUACUACGCUCUUUCCAUUGCUUUAACGAUACUAUUCUUUGCGUUUGUCUUCCUCUACGAAGAGACAAAAUUCGUGCCAGUAAUCGUUGGCCAGCGCGAAGAAAUUCAUUCCGAGACACUUGACUACCAAAACGAUCUCACCAAAACCGACAGCCUGGCAAAAGAUGGCUACGAAAUCAGUUAUACUCAGUCAAAUGUUUCAAAAAGUCUCCGAGUGAAUACUUACAGCGAACGGAUGCGUCUCACAACUCCUACCUCAGAAUCUCUCCUCCGUGUUUUCCUCAUGCCUCUCCACGUUGUUACGUUUCCUCAUGUCAUGUUUACUGCCCUACAAUUCGCAUCAGGUGUAUGUUGGUUAGUUCUGUUCUUGUCGAUUGUAUCCGUCGUCUUUUCUGCCCCCCCAUACAAUUUUGAUACUGCUGCCAUCGGCUACAUGAACCUAGGUCCCUUUGUGGGCAACAUUUUUGGAAGUCUAUAUGGUGGCCCAUUCGCUGACUGGGCCGUCUUACGCCUGGCAAAGAGGAACGGCGGUCUUUUCGAGCCUGAAAUGCGGCUGUACCCCCUUUUCUUGCCAGUCAUCACAAUGGCAGGCGGAAUAAUCAUGUUUGGAGUUACAGCAGAUAAGGGAAUGCAUUGGAUCUAUCCUAGUAUUGGCGGGGCACUCUUCGCAUUUGGCCUGGGUGCCAAUGGAGAUAUAACAUUCACUCUACUUAUUGAUACAUAUAGAGAGCUUACUGCCGAGGCCUUUGUCGGCGUGGCUUUCAUUCGGAAUGCUGUAAGCGUCGGCGUCCCUUCCGCCCUGGUGCCUUGGAUGUCAAGCAUGGGACUCAGUAACAUGUACAUCCUAAGCGGAAUCAUAUCCCUGGUAAUUGGGCUGCUCUAUAUUCCGAUGAUCAUUUGGGGGAAGCGAAUGCGAACCGCUCUAGCUCAGCGGUACUGGCGACUUGUGGAGAGGCGCAUGAAUUUGUAG